ACUGGUUCUCACAGUGUAUAGCAUUCGAGAUUAUCAGUGCUGUCCGGUGUGCCACAAGCUUCGUUUAUUCCUCAUUCCCAUCAACGUAUCCCCGAGUGCUUUUUUUUUCCAACAAGGAAAAAUAAACAUAAAAUUCAUGUCUGCUGAGUCGAACGCGGUCAACACCACCAAUAUCGUGGUCAAUGGCAAAGGAACCAGCAAGCUGAAACAACAACAUGCUGUUGAGAUUAGUGCUGUUGGUACUCGUACCAGAACCACGAGCAUCUCCGCAGGACACGAGAAGUGUUCAUUCCACUACGAUCUGGAAUUGGAGCACAAACCACUGACGAGAGAAGACAUGAUCCCGGAAAUGACGACGGCUUAUUUCAAACUAUUGCAAUCACUGGGUGAAGAUCCUUCUCGUGAGGGCCUUCUCAAGACACCCGGAAGAGCCGCAAAGGCCAUGCUGUUCUUCACCAAGGGAUACGACCAGACAAUUCCUGGUUAG